GACUUGCGAACAGCUGAGUUGUCCAGCUGUGAGCUGAAGAGGAGCCCUUUAGAUGAACCCAUGACUCGCGUGAGCGCGUGAGAGGAGUUUACCUGGCAGGUGUGUGUCCGCGUGUCUUCUGACUGGGAUUCGGGAGCAGAAAUCGUGGAGAUGCGGAAGAUGCUUUCUUCGUGCUUACACAGCAUCGCAUCGUGCUGCUGUAAGAAGUGGAAACCAUCCGAGGACGAGGAGAGAUCAGAGAAAGAUGGGACGGUUAUUAAGAACCUCUCUGCUUCAGAGGAGCGCGAGCCCAAGUACCCCAGCAGGCCGUUACCGGACCCCCCGGCUCCGGUGAAGCCCGGUGGGGAGGUCUACGUAGCCCUGUAUGAUUACUCCGCUCGUACCGAGCAGGACCUGAGCUUUAACGCCGGAGACCAUUUGGAGGUGGUGGAUAAGAGUCCCGGUGAGUGGUGGGUGGCUCGCGCCCUGACCGGGGUCUCCGCCUCCCAGCAGGGAUACAUCCCGGCCAACUACGUGGCUCCGGUGGAGAGCCUCGAUGCAGAACCGUGGUAUUUUUCGGACACCAAAAGGCUGGAUGCAGAGAAGAUGCUGUUGGCUAAGUGGAACCAGUCUGGUGCUUUCCUCAUCAGAAACUCCGAAGGUCGGAAAGGAGAGCUCUCUCUCUCAGUGUUGGACCAAGGGACGGUGAAGCAUUACAAGAUACCUAAACUGGACAAUGGUCACUACUACAUAUCAAAGCUCAAGUCAUUUCCAACACUAAAGGAGUUAGUUGAAUAUUACUCUAGACAAGCUGAAGGACUCUGUGUGCGUCUCACUGAGCCAUGCAAAAAGGGGCAGAUAAUGGCUCCAGAGACUUAUGGUCUGUCCUACAACACAGUUGACAUUUGGGAGAUUGACCGCAAGUCUAUCCAACUAUCGAAGAAGUUGGGAACUGGACAGUUUGGGGAAGUCUAUCAAGGACUGUGGAAUGGCACCACAUCAGUAGCCGUGAAGACCCUCAAACCUGGAACAAUGGACACCUCAGACUUCCUUAGAGAGGCUCAGCUGAUGAAGAAGCUGCGUCACCCGAAGCUGAUCCAGCUGUACGCCGUCUGCACUACCGAGGAACCCAUCUACAUAAUCACCGAGCUGAUGAAGAACGGCAGCCUGCUGGACUAUCUUCAAAAGGAUAAGGGCACUUCUUUACGCAUCUCUGAUCAAAUAGAGAUGUCUGCUCAGGUGGCAUCAGGCAUGGCUUACUUGGAAUCCCAGAACUACAUUCACAGAGACCUGGCAGCCAGGAAUGUCCUUGUUGGAGAGAAUAACAUCUGCAAGGUGGCUGACUUUGGCCUUGCCAGAGUUUUUAUGAAAGAGAAUGAAUAUGAAGAUGAAGAUUGUGUGUAUGAACCUAAAGAAGGAACCAAAUUCCCUGUAAAGUGGACUGCUCCCGAGGCAAUCAAUGGCAACAGAUACACCAUCAAAUCUGAUGUUUGGUCUUUUGGGAUUUUGUUGUAUGAGAUCAUGACAUUUGGUCAGAUGCCUUAUCCAGGCAUGUCAAACAUCCAGGCAGUCCAGUGGUUAAGCAAGGGCCACAGGAUGGCAUGUCCACCUAAAUGCCCAAAGGUCUUGCAUGACAUCAUGUUAAAGUGUUGGAAGGAAAAUGAAUCAGACCGGCCCACAUUUGAGACACUGCAGUGGCAACUGGAAGAUUUCUUUGACCUGGACACGACUGCCUAUGACGACUCAUCUCAAUACUAGAACAAAAACUUUGUUUUUACUAAACAAAAGACUGAAAGAAACUCAGAAAAUCAAAAUCUGUAAUAAGUUAGACCAUUGAUUCUGUAACAAGCAGGGAGCUUUACACAUUUUAACACCUGAAUGUGCAGUGUACAGGUAUGAACUAAACUAAACUCCGAAGGAGCUGCUUCUGCCGGUUCUGUUGGCUCCAGCCACACAACACAUUCUCUCGUAAAUACCACCUGAGACGAGUUGAGCAAGAUUCACCUAGCAGCUCAGUUUGCCAUUCCUCUCUUUGUCAUGGAGCCACCAGCAAACUCACAACACUUUAGUUUAUAAAAGAAUUGUUUUAGUUUGUCUAAAAGUUAUAUUUUAACAUGUGAAAACAAUAAAAACAUCUGUUGCGUUAGUGCUCUGUAUAUUUACCGAUUUUAAAUUUGGGUACACUUCUUUUUACCAGGAGACACCGUGUUACCCUGGUAUGUUUGUAUUAAGCCUCAGAACACACACACAUACACACCUUUGUGCUUUUGCACCACUGCUGGGUUAGGGUCUGAAGGCUGUAGCUCAGCUUUCUGACACACCAACUGAGCCAGUUCGAUCUGCUUCACAGUUUACUUGUACGUUGUAAUCGAUUUGUUUUCACCAAUGUCUUAAUGUAUUUUAACUAUCAAAUGACAAUUAAAAUGAUUUCUAUUUAUUAUCA